AUAAUCCUGAUUUCAUACCAAAAAUAACUGUUUAUUAUCAUCUAACAGGGUGAAGAUGCAGUGGAGUCUGUUGGUGUUGAUUGUGAUGGGUCAGUGUUCCUCUAUUGGGGGUCAGCUGUGUGACUACCACUUCAUUGGAGACAAGAAGACCUGGAAAGAAGCCCAGGAUUAUUGCAGAGAGAACCACACUGACCUGGCCACAGUGUCUAACCAGACAGACAUGAAGAGACUCCACGACGCCGCGACUGCAAAGUAUCCACAGUAUCAAGGCGGAGCCUGGAUUGGGCUUAAAAAAAACACACCAAACAUCGUGUGGCGCUGGUCUCUGCCAGGGGUGGAGUUCAACGAGAGUGAGAGUGAAUGGUCUCCAGGACAGCCGGAUACUAAAGGCUGUGUUAAUUCCAGGCUUGAUAACUGUGUGAGGAUGAAUGGUGGCACAUGGGAUGACUUCUUUUCCUCUACAACCUAUAAAUUUAUCUGCUAUGACGCUCAGGCUGGAUACCUGUACGGUUAUCUCUCCUGCUUCCAUUACAAAUGUGCAGGAACCAAUCACCAACUGGCUUAUCCACCUGCAGCCUGA